AAAAUGGCCUAUAUAUACUCUCACUAAACAUCUGCUAUUACAAUAGAGAGAAGCAUAAAAGAAAAAAUCACAUAAACAAAUGGCUUCUUCAGUCACCACUUUAGCCCUAACCCUAAUCUUGAUCUUCCACUUCACGCCGGGAACAACCGCAGCUCGUCGCCUCAACGAUCAGAAUCCGACCGACGAAGCCAAAUACCUGUUUCCACCAGGCUUGCCCUUUGGCGGUGUUCCACCAUUACCGUCACUUUUCCCUCCGUUCCCUAGAAACGUUCCAGGUUUACCGUUUCCGUUACCGUCACCGUCAUCUUCAUCACCUCCGACAUCUCUUCCCGGUUUCCCUGGCUUUAGGUUUCCUCCCCUGCCAUUCCUCGCACCGUCACCUCCGUGAGUUUGAUGGUUAACGCCGUUAUAAUAAUUAUAAUUAUAGUUAUCCCGUUGGAAUAAACUCAUGGUAUGAUCGAUAAUGAUCAUGUGUACUAGUCUACUAGAUGAAAUGAAAUACUAGCAUGAGUUCUUAUGAAA